AUGUGUGAUGACCAUAAAAAGGAAAAGAAAAACAACCUCAAGGAGGAAAAGGAAGGCAAGCAAGGGUCGAUGAAUCCAGACUCGAAGUCUGAUGGCAAAGGGAAGAAACCAAUCCUCAAAGAAGAAACGACUGAAAUCCGUGGGAAUUUUGUACCAGUUCAAAUAAGAACCCUUGACGACUUUACCACGAUUAUGUUCAUGGUUAAACGUGAUCAAAUCGCUUAUAAAAUUAAGUAUUUCUUCGCAAAGAAGUUCGAUGAGGCGCUAGGUUGGUUCUUUAAAAUCGAAGAGGGUGAAGAGAUCAUGUUACCAGCAAAGGUAUCUGGUAUGAAGGUUUGUUUAUUUGAUCUUUACAAGUUAAUUAUUGGAUAUGGAGGACACGAAAUCAUUAUAGUGGAAGAUAAAUGGAAUGAGAUCGCGAUGAGUUUUGGCUUUCCGGAAUGCUACGGUGAAGCAUUCAACAAGUUAUUCAUUGACUAUCUAUUGCGUGGUCGAGUAUCAAGAAUCAGAAGAUCGAUGAAGAAGGACAUUAGACAAAUGCAUCUGAAAACAUUAGCUCUUUAUUUUCUGAUACUUGUAUGUGGUAUAGGACUUGGGGCCACACUAAUCUUUUGCCUCUAUAGUAUACCCUUGAACUCGAAACCUAAGCAGCUUUUCACGUUCCAAAUCCCUCCAACCACGCUUGAAGAACAACCCCCGGGACUCUACGCUAUAAAUCCUCAAGUGCCAAACCAAACAACGGAGAGCACCACCCCGACCACCAACAAUAUGGUCACCAACACUACCACCGGAAGCAUUAAAGAAGAACCAAAACAUAUAACGGAAACACCAAGACCGUCUAUUUCGAGUGCGUUUUUACACGGAAUGAGAGACGAACAGUUGUUUUGGAGAGCGUCGAUGGUUCCUAGAAUUAAUAAGACUCCAUUCAAGAAGAUACCAAAGGUUGCUUUCAUGUUCUUAGUAAGAGGGAGGUUGCCAUUAUCCCCUCUUUGGGCUAGGUUCUUUCGAGGGUAUAAAGGCUUUUACUCCAUUUAUGUUCAUACUCAACCAUAUUUUGUUGGUGAAGUGGCUCUUGAACCGAUGUUUCAAGGACGAAGAAUUCCCAGUGAGGUCGUUACAUGGGGAGAAAUAAGUAUGGUUGAAGCUGAGCGACGUCUAUUAGCCAGUGCAUUACUCGAUUUCUCGAAUGAAAGAUUUGUUCUUCUCUCUGAGGCAUGCAUUCCUCUUUACAACUUCUCCAUCAUCUACCCAUAUCUUAUUAACUCAAAAAAGACAUUCGUUGAGUGCUACGACAAGGAAGGCCCCGUGGGGCGUGGACGAUACGACCAUAAGAUGGAACCAGCGGUUACAUUGGAACAAUGGCGAAAAGGGUCACAAUGGUUCGAAGUUGACCGCCACCUAGCCCUAGAGAUCAUCUGUGACAAAAAAUAUUUCCCAUUGUUUCGAGACUACUGCAAACCUGCGUGUUAUUCCGACGAGCAUUACAUUCCGACAUUCUUGAAUAUAGAGUUUCCGGAGGCGAAUUCGGAUCGAACGUUGACUUAUGUUGACUGGUCAAAAGGUGGACCUCAUCCCUACAAGUUUGGAAAAUGGGAGGUGACAGAUUCUUUGUUGAAACAAAUGCAGAAUGGAACCGAGUGUGUGUAUAAUGGAGAGCCCACAAGGGUCUGCUUUUUGUUCGCUAGGAAGUUUGUACCAAGUUCUUUGAUUAGGUUAUUAGAGCUUGCUCCCGAGGUCAUGCAUUUUUGA